AUGGCGGACGCUUCAUGUUCAUCGAGUGAUUCUUUGAGCUCUUCAAGCCCUUGUUCUUCUCUAAGUACUAGCAACGAGUCCUUAGAAAGUUUUCAUGGUAUUCAACCUUGGAGAUAUGAGCCAUCGGGGCCUACUUCUGAUAACGAUUCAGCUUCUAGCGAAGAUUUAGAAGCUGUUGUUGAACGAGACCGUCUUCAGAACUCUGAUUGGUGUCAAUGUGAUAACUGUCAGGUUUUAGAUAGAGUAGAAGAAUGUGUGUGUUGCCAGGAAAUACCACAAAUCGUGGCAAAGUUGAAUGAAGCUGUGGAGCGUGAAAAUCUAACAGAACGCCCAACAUGCAUCACACAACACCCUGGGUUCCACCCAGUCUGCAUCAACUAUUGGAAUCAGCAGGCUGUGUGGUUCCACUAUUGCCAGCAAUACAACAAACGGCAAGAUGGGCCAGAACAUAAGAAAAACAGGCACAUUKCAUAUAGACAAUUAGUGAGGUGGUGUUGGGGAUUUCUGGGGAGAGAGAUUAGAGUGCCUUUACCAUCAUGUGCUGUUUGCUGCAUCAGGGCACAUUUCCCACCACCUGGACUAGAAGAAAAUUUUGUAUUUACAGGAUUUAGAUUUAGCGAUGAGUGA